AUGCUUUCACCGUCCACAAAGCGAGCCGCAGUCCAUGGGUCCCAGUCGAUAGGGCUAGGUCGCGCCGCCGUGGAAUGCGCCCUCGGCCCCUCGCAGACCGCAGCCUCUCACCGCGUCGCUCCUCAUUCCUCGCCGCCUAUCGCCCCACUUCAUCUCGGCGGCCGAUGUUUGUUUCACUGCGCGCCGCGUCGUUAUAUCGGCUGCUUCGCUACGUUGGCGUGCAGUGAUCACGCCAGAAAAGGCAACGGUGACGCCGCCGUGUUCGUGACAGAACAGACGGAGCGAGAGCCGAGAGCUCGCCCGCGCGGGCCUCACCGCGAAACAACACUUGUUGCGGAAAUAGCGGCGAGGGGCGUCCGCGCAUCGGGGCGCGUCACGUGCCCCGCCGACGCCCCGACGCCCAGCACCACCAUGCCUUAUCGCCGCUCCCACACGAGGACAAUUAUCUGCGUCCCUUGUGACCUUAACUGCACCCGAAUAGCCGGCGACGGUCGCACGAAUCGCGAG